AGUAUCGAUAAUUAGAGCGCCCCCUCUUCCAUCUCUAAUUUGGUUUGUUUUGAUCAACAGCCGGAUCAUCCAUGUGAUGAUAUAAAAUUAAAAAAAUGGACCCCACGACGAAUGAUUACAAGGAGUUUGUCACCGAUCUGGUCAUUCCGCACCAGCGGAUGAAUGUGAACAUUAAUCCGGAUCACAUCACCAUGCUGGAGGGAACGAAGAUCAAGAAACAGCAUUCCCGCAAGCGCCGCGCUCACAAAUCUGGGGUUCUCAGUCGCAAGGAGUACGCGGAGCUUGGACUAAAUACCCUUCCGACCAAGCAGAUGAAGUACGAGGAAGCCCUGCCCCUUCACAACCUCUGGAAAGGAUACGUUCGCGAGCACCUAGAACUUAGAGAAGGGGCCGAGGUACCGGAAGUGCACGAUUCUCGUUACGAAGAGUUCAGCCGGCAGCUGGUAAAACUAGAUUUACACGGCGCCAAGCUAAAGGUCGUCCAAUCCAAGUGCCGCACUCUGGAGGAUUUAGCUGGCAUAUGUGUCAUGGACACCAAGAACGUGCUGAAGCUCCUCGGCAAGGACCACCGGCUGCGGACAAUCCCCAAGAGCGAGUGCGUCUUUGGAAUGAAAGUGGGAAACAUGCAGUUCACCAUAUUCGGAAAACACUUAAAUAUUCGACCAGCCGAGAGAAGCGUUAAAAAAAUCAAGAACUUUGUGGAGCCCUUCAUGUAGGAACUUCAAGACCAAAACUCAUCAUUAGCCUAAGAAACCGAAUUCUAUUGUUACUUUAAUAAUAAACAAACUAAUUCGUAUUUUUGAGAAGAAA